AUCUACAUUGGACAGUGGAUUUGGCGAAGAAAACUUCCCAUAUUUAUCAGUAUUUGGACACGAACACAAUCUUACACGUUACUAGGGAAUAUUUCUGAUGUGAUAUGAUACGUUCGUUCCCCACACGCACGUGGACCUGUUGAGGUGUUGCAGUAAUGAUAGGACUCUGACACUAAUCAGCUGUCAUGGAUAUGAAUGCACCCUUACUAUCCAAUCAAACAGUCGUUACUUAUGACAAGGAGACUGCCAAACUACGCAAUGUCAUCCCACUCAAUAUCCUACAGGAUCAAGUGUCCUGUCUAUCCCUGGACAACGUGACCCAGAUUGACUUCGGCCUCAAUGGCUAUUGUACCGAUGCUGUUUUGUGGACACUGAGACAGUCCAUCAAGGCUCCUGUGAAAAACAUAUCAGAUGUGGAUUUAAGUGGAUGUCCACUCCUAACAGACCGAGGAAUCAAAUGGCUGGUGGACAUCCUCAAACAACAUUCCAUUGCCACACUAAACAAGAUAAAUGUAAGUGGCUGCUCUCUACUGACAGACCAUGCCUUGGCUUUGUUGUGUGAGAUUACUCCUGAGACAUGUACCAUUGAUGCCAGUGGCACAAAUGUACAAUACCUGAAACAAAUCAAGGGAAAGGUUGUAAAGACUGACGCCUGCCCCAUCAUUGAGACACAGCAAGGUAGCAUGAAGGAAUAUGAACGAGGUCAUGUGAUGGUGGUACCCCAACCCUGUAUUAGGACCAGUGUCGCCACCUACAUCAAGUCUCAGUCCACAGUGAAUAGAGAGCCUGUCCACCAUACCAAAUCUUGUAAGAUGGGCAGACUGGACGUAGCUCUCACAGAGAUGACACCGGACAAUCCUCUUUUUGACGUCAUGGUUGGAAAGAAUCCAGUGCAAGUUAUAAUUCCAUAUGACUCGACAGCGGAAGUAAAAGACAUUAAAAAUCAUGUGAUGGAUACCAUAUCACGGGUUGUGUGUAAGGAGUCAAUCAACCCCAAAUGGCCGGAGCUGUCUUUUGAUGUGGAGGUAACGGAGGAGGUGGAGGUAGACUACACACCGUUUAUGGAUGUGUAUGCUUCCUGUAACCAGAUCAGGGUUGGAAAUACACUCAGGAAUUAUGGUAAGGGAGAAGUGAUUGGUUGUUAUUACUCCCAUCAAAUGUUGACCCGCUCACACCCGUACUACGAGGUAAAGUGCCUGGCUGCUGACAGUGGGUCUGGAGAGAAAGUUGGUGUCCUUGCUUGGCUGUAUCUUUGA